AGACUGUUCAGUUGGGUUCGUUUACGCCUGACACCCAAUUUUUGUUUAAAUAAAAUCUUUUGGGGGAACAAAGACAUUCGAAUUUCGACCAAAAUUCUGCAACACUUCUCCCUCCAAAUCAAAUCAAAUCAGAUCUGAGAUCCGUGGUUUUCUUCAGAGCGAAUACAAGUAAUUAGUUUCGGUAGAUAUGGAUCCGGAUUCGGUUAAAUCAACCCUUCAAACUUUAGCAUAUGGAAAUGUAAUGGCUGCAGCUGCUCGUGAUUAUCAGAAGGAACUGUUAGCUCAAGAAAAGGCGCAAGCCUCGUCCUCUAGGAACGAGGAUGUUGAUCUUGACGAGUUAAUGGACGACCCUGAGCUGGAAAAGUUACAUGCAGAUAGAAUUGCGGCCCUUAAGAGAGAAGCUGAAAAGAGACAAUCGUUGACUAAAAAAGGACAUGGAGAAUACCGCGAAAUAACCGAAGGAGACUUUUUAGGUGAAGUCACUGGUAGUGUAAAAGUGAUUUGUCACUUCUACCAUAGGGAGUUCUAUCGUUGCAAGAUAAUGGACAAGCAUUUGAAGGCUCUUGCACCAAAUCAUCUCGAUACCAAGUUUAUUAAAAUAGACGCAGAGAAUUCCCCGUUCUUCGUCACCAAACUAGGAAUCAAGACACUGCCAUGUGUCAUAUUGUUCAGAAACGGAAUUGCAGGAGAUAGGCUUGUUGGGUUUCAAGAUCUUGGAGGAAAAGACGAUUUUACGACUAGGAGGCUAGAAGCUUUGUUGAUAAAGAAAGGUAUAAUUGACGAGAAGAAAAAGGAAGACGAUGAAGAAGCUGAAUAUGAUGAAAGUAGACGUCGAACAGUUAGAUAUUCUACAAAUCAAGAUUCUGACUCUGAGUGAACUUAUGUUAUGUAUCGCGAGUUGGUGAUCAUAUCGUGUAAUUUGUUGACAUUUUGGUCCACUGGAUUUAUGGAUACAAACAACCUUUUGUAUUGUGUUUUA